AGCUGGUGACGCAACCCGAGCAGUCUCCAAGGGUCGCCAGAGAGAGUGGACUCACGUUUACCAAGGACGUUCAACACCGUAUAAAUGUUGUCCUAUAUCGGCAGAUCAAGCCAACUGGCCCCUACCCUCAAGGGCUCGGCACAGGCAGUAGCCAGUGGCUUGAGAAACACUGUUGUUCCAGGUGCGUUUGAGGAGGCGGCGGUUGUAGUUCAACCUCUACCUCUGCUCCUUACAACCACCGCCAUGGCCAAGAGGUGCCCUACCGGCCCAAUUAAAGCAAAAGCCGGUAUUGCAGCUAGCUCACAAGUACGUUAUGCCCACACUGACAUCCAAGUACCAGACUUUGGUGCAUAUCGACGUGACGACGUAAAGGAUUCUCGUAGCAAGGCUGGAGAGUCCGCAUCCUCUCGAAGAAGUUUCACGUACAUGCUUGUUGGAGGUGGCACUGUAGGAGGAAUUUAUAGUGCUAAAUCAGUAGUAACACAGUUUGUGUCAACCAUGUCUGCCACUGCUGAUGUGUUGGCCUUGGCAAAGAUUGAAAUUAAGCUCGAUGAUAUUCCCGAGGGAAAGUCUGUCACCUUCAAGUGGAGAGGCAAACCUCUUUUUGUCAGACACAGGACCGAUGAAGAAAUUGAAACUGAAGGCAAUGUGGACGUUGCUAGCUUGCGUGAUCCUGAGCACGACAGUAUUCGCUGUACAGAUCCCAAAUGGCUGGUGGUCCUUGGUGUGUGUACCCACCUGGGAUGUGUACCAAUUGCUGAUGCAGGUGAUUUUGGUGGGUAUUACUGCCCCUGCCAUGGCUCUCACUACGAUGCAGCUGGUCGUAUUCGCAAGGGUCCUGCACCACUCAACUUGGAAGUCCCAGUACACAUCUUCACAGAUGAUUUACUUAUUGUAGGCUAAGUCUACAAAGUUAAUAGUAUAUUUUUAAGGUUGACUUUAAUUAAUUAGAACUGACGAGGUCAAUUAAUAUUAUUUAUUAUUUUUACGGUAAGAUGAAUAUUUGUCUGCUGCAAAGGUCCACCUCUGUCGAGGAAUAUAAUGACUUCUGGAUAAAUUUGUGGUAAUUAAGCCAAAAACCUGAGUAAAUCAUUGAAGCAGAAUUGUAUUAAACCUUUUCAGGUGCAUUUUGAAAUUUUAGAAAAAUAGACUGGGUUUGAUUAUUAUGGGUGUACAAAAAGGCUGCAGGAAAAGUAUAUAUUAUAAACCCAGUGGUGUAGAUAUUGUAUAAAAAUAGCAACUGUUUCACAUCUUGAUUCUUGGUUGCUGACAAGUAAUGGCAAAAUGUAAUAUAAAAGGAAAUUUUACAUAU